AUGUCAGCGGAGAUGUCUUGGAUUGUACAAGGCGGGACAAAUAUAAGGAACCAAGAAUUUAAGAAAAUGGGAAAGUCUACAGCCUCUGCAUUACAUUUUGACAGUCUGGUUAAAGAGAUCGGCGGCUUUGGACGUUUCCAGCUCAUAACAUGCAGCCUUUGGGUCCUAUUCUUUGGUUUAGCAGGGUGGCAAUAUUACAUAACGGUGUAUCUGAUUACAGAAAUGGACCAUUGGUGUCAAAUACCAGCAUUUACACAUUUCAAUGUAUCUACACUGAAACAUUUUGCAAUUCCAAUGGAGAAAAAUAGAUUUGGAAAUGAGAUAUUCAGUAAAUGUCAUAUGUAUGAUUACAACUACACAGAUUUGGGAAAUAAUAGGACGUUUGUCAGAGUGGAGAAUAUGACAACUGUCCCCUGUAAAACAUGGUCUUAUGACACAUCUGUGUUUAAAUCGUCACUUAUUAGCCAGUUUGAUUUAGUUUGUGAACGACGAUGGAUGUUUACCUUGGUUGGAACGUUGUUUUUGGCUGGGAAUAUGAUUGGCUCAUUUGCCUCCGGGUUUCUGGCUGACAGAUUUGGUCGGAAACCCGUAGCAGCUGUUCUGGUUCUUAUAUUAUCUAUGUCAGUUAUCGCAGGAGCUGUUGUGCACAACUUUCCAGCAUUUCUAGUGUUUAGAUUCUUAGUUGGAGCUACUAUCAACGGCGCCUAUCAAACACUAUGGAGUUAUAUAUUGGAAACAAUGCCAAUUGAAAAGAGAUCUCUGGCAAUCUUUAUCACAAUGGCUGGUCGUGUUUUUAAGGGUAUAACCUUCGUUUUAGCAGCGUUCUUCAUAAGAAACCACGUUCAUCUACAAAUAACAAGUGGCGUUGUCAUACUUGUUCCCUUUAUUAGUAUACUACUCCUCCCUGAAUCCCCAAGAUGGCUAAUUGUGAAAGGUCGUCUCCAGGAGGCGGAACUUGUCUGCAAACGUAUAGCAAAAAUAAAUAAUACUAAACUGAGUCCAACGUUUAGUUUAGAAAAGGUUACAAUGGACGAUCAAGAGGUCAACAGUUCUUCUAAGAUGCCGACUGUUUUGGAUUUAUUUCGUACUCCAAGGCUCAGAAAACAUUCCAUUAUUACUUGGCUGGCAUGGGGAGCAUUGGUGUUUAGUGCUUACGGUAUGCAGCUCAACAUUGGAAAAAUAAUUCCCGGGGAUUUUUAUUUGAAC